AUGCAAUCAAAACAGAAAUCAUAGCAGUAAUAGCAGUAUGAUAAAGAUAUUGAUAAUGAUUCUCAGGAAUCAGAGAGUGAGUAUGAGGAAGUCUGCUACAAAAAGGAAAAUGUCUAGUCGAUGCAUGAGUAGGUUCUUAAUACUUGGAGGAGCAUUGAAUCUAAUAUAGCCACCACUCAAAGAGAGGGAUCUACUUAAUUGACAUAAUAAGCUUUAGAGUUAUCAAGUCAAAUUCAAAAGCUGCUCGAGAACCAGAACAAACUAGAAGUCUAAAGAGAUUACGAGGAGACAUUUGGAAGAUAGAAGAUUCUUGAACUUAUAAACAACCUAGAGCUGAAGAAUUUGAAGAUUUCAGAGUAGAACAGGCAGCUGAUAAAUGACAUCAUGAGUGGAUCAAUAAAUGUAAACACUUCUUCCCUAUUGAAUGGAGAGUUCAAACUAGAAUUGACACAAGAAAAAGAUGGAGCAGUACAGGCUACAUAGGGUGCUAUGGGGUAGACAAUCGGACUACUAGUAACACUAAAUGAGAUUAUCAAAGAUGAGGAAAAUGAGUAUGAGAAAAGAUUAGAAAUAGAAGUACAAGAGAAGGAUUAAGUCAUCUUGAAUCUGUAGUAAGAAAUGGAGAAUUAACAAAAAAGAUUUGACAAGCAAAAGAUACUUACUGAGCUUAACAUAAUAGACAUGAGAAAGUAGAUCAAUGAGCUUGAGGUUAAGAAUUUUGGAAGAUAAAUUAACUUGGAUAAUUUGAUGAAAGGUAAAUUAGACAUUGAGAAGUGGACUGAUACGAUUGAUUAAGGCAUACUUGAUGCUAUUUAAGUACUUCAGCGAGAAAUUAGAAUAUUUGCCAAAUCAAGAGAUCACAAAAUUGAUACUAAAACAAUCAUGACUUUGGAGUUAUUCAAAAAGCAACUAAAGAGAACCUCUUCUCUAGAAAACCUUAAUCAACCAAAUAGUAGAAGCAGUGGCUUAAUUGAUGAGCCAACUCCCAGAUUUGUAUUAGACUAAACAGCUCCUAAUCUCAUGUAAGAUUAAAGAGACUAAAGUAAUAUGCAAAACAAUAUUAGGAAUCUCGACCUAUCUUCUUCAAAUUUAUCUCUCUUUCAAGCUAACUUAAACAUGAACAGAUCAAUCUAUAUGCAGAAGUAGAAUCAAUCAAUAAACCUUAAUUCUAAAUAUUUCUCAUCAACACUCAACAGUAUUCUAAGAGGCAGACCCAAUAUGUCUAAGAAGAAUGGAAAAUAAAAUUACAAUGAAACCAAGGAGAGUUUAUGGGUCUAUAUUACAGAGCUAGAGAACUAAGUCAUUGAGCUUUCAAACUAACUUAAGAGAUAAUAAGACGAAUCAUAAUUAGAUAUAACCAUAAACAUGAGUAAUAAUUAAGCUGUAAAGGAAAUCAAGUCAAACCUAGAAUCUCAAUUAGAAGACUUUGCUAUUGAAAUUAACCAAAAAUCAAUCAGAAUAGCCUAGCUUGAGAAAUUUAAUCAGAAUUUAUCUAGGAUUGUAAAUGAUAGUAUAUGCUAAGAGUAAUUAAAUAAGGAGUCUACUUUGGUUAAGAAUUUAAGAGGUAUACUUUCUCCUAGACAAUUCAAAAAGAUUAAUGCUUUUUUAAACAACAACUGUGUUGAUUAAAGCCAAGCAAUGUCAUAAAUGAUUUAUAACAAUGUUGCAUCUGGGGAUUAGAAUCAAUAUAUGGGCUAAAGUAUGACUAUUGGGUAGGAGACAUAAUUCAAAGGUGAAGGCACAUAAAUGUUUAGACAAGGUUUUGUAUAUCCUUAAUUUGUUUAAAGAGGGCAAUAGCCUUAACUUUUCAGCUAAUUUGAUGAGUCUAAGAUAGUUAAGAAUGCAGACUCAAAGAACUCAACUGUAAGCUUCAAUGAGCAUAUUUUCUCUAAUCAUUAAGAACUGGACUAAUCCAUUCAAGAACCUUAGGUGAAUAAUCUUAUCUCUCCAGUAAAUAAAUUCUAGAGAUAUUAGCUAUUCGGUUAGUAACACUUUAGAAGACAUGGCAUAUCACCAAAUUAACUUGGUGUACCUUAGAAUAAUAACCAUCAAAGAUAGAAAUCUUAAGGGUAGCAAAACUAGCAGUUUAUGCUGAUAGAGGAUUAGUUUAACACUUCAACAAAUAUGAUGUUAUUUGAUGAUUAAUCUUUUGAUAGGGACAACCAUGACAUAUUUUCAGCAGUUGGUGGUGGCAUAGGUAUUGAUAUGGGAGGAGGAAAUUAUCUUAAUCCUAUUAAUAAUAACUCUAUUCUCGAGGUUUCAAGCAUAAUAGACUCUUCACAGUAUAUUAAGACCUAGAACAAUAAAACCCUUAACAGUUUCCUAAAUUUCGAAAGCACCUAAAAUAAGAAGCAGGCUGCAAAAGUUUUUAAAAAGCAGAAUCUAUAGAUAAACACAAUUAACUAGGAUAAUGGGGGUAGCCAGCAAAAUAGCACUCCUAAUAAUAAUAUGAGCAUUCUUAAGAAUUCAAUAUUUGGAAUGAUGAGAGGCCAAAAUGUCUGUGGUGGACUUAACUUCAGUCGCUUCUAGCAAUAACAUAACAACUCGAAUAACAAUAUUUCUAUGUAAGCUGGGUAAACAGGACUACUUAUUCAGCAACUUCAAGAUAACUUUCAGACUUAGCUAUAGGAUCUCAAAGAUGAAAAAAUAAAGCUUAUCUAGAUUCUGAAUAAGUUUUUGAAUCUGCCAGAUGAUAGUUCAGCAUAGAAUCUAGAACAGUUACUUGACACAUCGCAUAAUUUAUCAACAAACACUGAUUAUGUCACUCUACCUUCAAAGUAAUACUUUGAAGAUUUCAGACUUUAAAUCACAUAAGCAUUAACUAAACAAUAAUUAGACAUUUAAUCAAUGCAGCAGCAGAAAGAUUAGAUGAUUACUGAGAGAGAAUAAAUAAGCAUUGAAAAGGAGAAGCUGGAGAAAAAGAGACUGUACUACAAUGAAAAGGUCGAGAAACUCAAAGCCAAAAAUGAAGAAUUCGGAAAGAAAAAUCAAUUAAUGGAUGAGAGAGAUAAUCUACUCCAACAAUAAGAAUAGAAGCUUAAAUACAGAAAGCAAGCAAUGGAUGAGGAAUGGAAAAGACUAGAUAAGAUAAAGGAUGAUCUUUCCAAGCAAGAAGAAGCUAUUAAGAAAGAAUGGGCUUUACUUAAACAAGAACUGAACGAGCUUAAUAAUCUGAGAUUAUCUCAGAAAGAUGAAAAGAUUAAGAUCAAGGAAGUCAAAGCAAAAAUUGAUGAAGAGAGGAAAUAUAUUGACAGCACCAAGGAGUGUAUUAUGCAAGAAUAGAGUAAAAUUUUAGAUAAAGAGAAAUAACUUAGGAUGAAAGAGAGGAAAGUAGAAAGAGACCAAGAAAGAGUGGACAAGGCCAGAUAAGAUCUGGUCUCAGAUCAACAAGAGAUUGAAAAGUAAAAGGAAUUCAUAAGAGGUGAGAGAGAAUUGCUUGAUUAAGAUAGAUAGGAUCUAGAAUCAAAGAGAUAACUUAGUGGUAUGUUCAUUCCUGAUAUAAAGAAUCUAGUCACUAAGAUGCAAUACAAGAGUGCACAGAGAGUAAAGCCAUCUAAAAAUGUAAAUAACCAACAAAAGAUGUAUAUUAAUGAUGAAGAACUUAGAAUUAAACAGAGUAAUGGUCCAUAAAAUAAUAUUAGCUCACACACUUAUGGUUCUCAUGACUACAAAUCUUAGCCUCAUUAUAAAAGCAAUUCAUCAAUUACUAACAUGAAUGCUUACAUUAUGAAAUGCACUGGGGAUCAAUGUGGUGAUCAUGGAAUGUUCAAUUGUGAUCUUCACAAAGAUAUGAAUAAAUCCACUAUUAACCUCAGCAAUAUUUCUUGUUUCCAUUAGAAUAGCAGUUAAAAUCAAAAAUCUAACUAGUCCUUCACAGCUAUUGGUUCUGGUAGGAACUCUUAUAAAAAUUAUUAGAACCAAAGUCAAAUGAUAAACAACAACUCAACAACACAUCAAACCCAAUCCUAAUCCACUUCUAAUUUGAAUAUAUCUAAGAAUUUCCUUAGAAACACUUCAUUCAAGAGAUUUUAGCAGAAUUAGCAAAACACAAGUGUGUAGCAACAGCCAACAAAAGAAAAGAAGUUGAUGAUUAGGCAUCUUAUACCAUAGUCUACAAAAAGCUUACUUGACAUCUCUGCUAUAAAUGAUAGAAGUAUAGACAAAGAAAAUAGCUAAAACAACAUAAAUACUACUUAGAAUAAAAGUAAUCUAGAUUCUAUCUUGAAGGGAACAGCAAAAUUCCAAUAGAGCAGGAACAAAUUAGAGGAAUCAUACAACUCUUUAAUGGACAGUUUCUGCGUACCAACUAAGAAUGAUAUCAGUAGCUUCCAAAUGAAGAACUAAAAGUCAUUGAAUGAGUACAACAAUGAUAAGAUCAAAGUCUUUGGAAUGAACUAAAACAUUGGUAGAAAUGGGAUGUAAGGAGGUGGACUUGGGCAUUGUCAAGAAUCUCAGGAUGAUUUGAUGAAUUCUCAAUAUAGCUUCUUAAGCUUAGAAGAGGAAUUCGGCAAGGUAGGAGUAAAUGAUAACCUAAUGAUUGAGAGUGAAUUAGGAAGAACCUUAAGCAGAGAUGAGUUAUGA